UAAAGAUAAUAAAUUUCUAAUAAUUGUAUCUUUUUAUUAAAGAUAAUGUGAAAGGUAACUAGUUUUUAUACUUAAAACUACAAAGACAAUUAUAAAGAUUUUAACAGUGGGGGGCAUGCAUGAAACGGAGGAAGUAUAAGUUUGGUCUUUCGUGAGCCUUUUAAUUAUCCGGCCCAUAAGUUUUUAUCUGUUAGAUCAAAGCGAAUUGGAUUUUUGCAAUCGAUAGAGUUCCGGGCUUCAAUUUGGUGGACGAGCAAAGCAAUCCUGUUUCACGCAUAUGGCAACCCUCGGUUUUGCUUAAGAUCUGUUGGUGUAUUUUUUGGAACUGAUGUUGAGUUUAGGGUUUGUAUUUCUCCCGAAAUGAAUGUGAUUCUGUUUCCGGUGUUAAUUUAUGUGAAGUUCAGUAUUGAGAUCGUUUAUUUUGGUAUUGUUGUUUUCCCGAUUAUGUUUUUUAAUUCGGUAGUAUAUGAUAUGAAUAUCUGUUUGGAUUUAUUUGUCUGUGGUUUAUAUGUGAUUAGUUGGUUCGAUGUUUGAAUUUGUAUUGUAGUAUUCAGAUUUGAGUUAGAGAUGUAUGUGUGUAUGUUGUUUGGGGGAUUUAUAAUAAUACCAUUUGUGUUUUUUCCUACAUACAUGAUUUCAUUUUUCUGAUUUGUGUGACUUUUGCAAAUCAAAACCUUUUGAUUUGUAUACCUGAAUGUUAUGCCAUUGGAAUUCGACUGAUGGUUUGGAGUUUUGAGUGAUUCUCUGAGUUGGAUGUGUAUGCUGCCUCAAUAUUGUUUUGAAAUAGUGUGAGGUGGUUUUGUGUGGACGGACUGUAACAGAGAUAAGGCUUUGAGAGCGAAAGAAAUUUCCGAAAGGAAGUUUCUGGAAAAGGACAUCAAGGGCCCGAAGAAAUUUGCUCUCAAGGCGCAAAAUUUGUAUCCCGAGCCAGAGGGUAUAUCUCAAUAGGUGGCAAAUUUUGAGGUGUAUACGUGCAUAUGGAUAAUCAAAUUGAUCUGUUGGGGCUGAAGGGGGCAUUCAAACUAGUCUCGCAAGCAUGGAGCCUACUGUCGGAUAAGUCCAAGAGAAUAGUGUAUGACAAGAGAUGUGCAAACAAGAAUAAGGCGAAGACCGGGACUCAUUCUCAACAGCCAGAACCGUCAUCACAAAGUGGAUUCUAUGAUUUUGCAAACUCUGCAACUUCACAUAUGAAAACUAAUAGGAGUAGUAGUAAGAAGAAUUCUUCCUCUGCUGCCCAUUCAUCGUGUAAGAAAGAGCGAAGUACUUUUGGACGGUAUGCUAUUGGUGCAAGAUGCAAUAAGAAUACCUCAGAGUGUAUCUCAAUCACAAAUCUUUUAUGCCCAAAUUUCAAGGGAGCCUACUUUGCGAUUGAAAUUAAUCCUCCAUCAGCUAAAGGUACAAAGGUAUCAACCAAGUCGAAAAUUCUCAGCAAUGGAAGAAUUUGAGCAAGAGAUUUGAUGCUACGAGAAACUCGGCUACUCCAACAUAGAGUCCAAUGCUAAUGAGUUCUAGUGGGGUUCUUUCUCCAAAUCAGAUGGCACCAGAUCUGCUGCUCAAGCUGCAAAUAUGGUUCAGCAGGCAUACGAUAAAAUCAAACAAGAAAGGAUAAAAGCACAUGCCGUUGCAAGAAAAGAGACAAUAUUACAAAAGAAAGCUCUCGGGUCCAAAAGAUACUCACCUAGGAUAAUUAUUAUUUUAUUUCUUAUUAUUUUAUUUACUGUUUAAUUCUUAAUUAUGAGUCUUGGGUUUGGCACAUAAGUCCGUUCAUAUACUGGACACAUCUACAUAUAGUUAGGUUAGACAGUCAUUAUUUUAGAUUUUAAUUACAGAACGGAUUGAUUUUUCUCUGUAGUUUUCUAUCUUCAUUGAUUCGAAUAAAGUUUUUUUUCAAUUAA